AUGCGAAAUCGUCUUAAAGAGCGCUUGGAGGAUGCCACUGGCAUAGAAAAGCUUCGGAGCUCCGUCCGUCAGGAUCUAUUUGACGAACACCACUUCCUUCAACACUAUCCCGUAGCAAUUGAAGCUCCAGCUAGAAUUUCAGACCUCAGAUUGAUAGACAUGGCAGUGGCACCACCUCAGACACUUAGGCAUAAGCCGUCUAUAGACCUGGUCCAGGCGGCCCAGGCGGCCAGACAGAGCAUAUGGAGAGGCUUGAACAAGAUGCGGUCAAUCGACACUCUACGGCCCACUAAACCGGCCGUAGAUCUGAUGGAAGCUGCAAACUUUGCUAGGAAGUCAAGGGGAGAGCAGCCUUUGCCGCAGCAUGCUGAGCCAAUGGAGCCUGUGGCCGUAGCAAUCGGUACAGACAAUUCUCAGACACCUCGAUACACCAACUUCAGUUCUCCGACACCAAGUUAUAGUCCUUCCUUUUCGAAUUUAUAUGGACAGGCACGUGGCGGGACACCACGUGCUGGUUCUCCAGUUGAAACGACCGAAGUUUUAAACUUCUCCCGACCUUCAUCGAGCAGAUCCAACAUUAAGACUCUUAGACGUCGUUCCCAAUCGGUGGAAUACCCGAAACCUUGUAUCCAAUACGAUAACGGACAGCGACCGUCGACUUCGGGUUCAAAUAUCAGCAAUGGCAGUUCAUCAAAAUCAUCUCGUGGCCCCCCUACCAGUUAUAAGGCUCUUUCUCCACCACCGAUCCCAUUUGCAUAUGAGGAUAAUGACGACAGCGAGUCAAUUGCAGAGCUGGCUUCAUUAUUUCCUCUACCAGCAAAGACUCCUCCAGCAUCUAUCAAAUCCCCAUGUGGUUCCAUCCGGUCGAGGUCUGCUUCGAUGAAGUCGCCCCCACCGUCGAUUAGGUCACACAGCAGGAAGAGCACCAGUACAAGCGUUGAGAGUUCUGGUAGCUAUACUCUGCCACCGACCGAUUUUCCCCUCCUAGAAAUCUUCAAGCCCAAUGGAGAUCUUCAUGAUAGAUACAGGUCACAGACUCAAGACGUCGAGUACGUCGGGGCCAAGUACUCAACUCCUGUGAUUCACGAAACAAUUAUUCCAAAAGUUCACAAUGUCAUCACCACGGAAGUAACCCGUCAUCAUCACACUCACGAAAUCCGCCAACAUGUCCAACCAAUUAUCGACAGGCAGUACGAGGCAGAGAAACACUGGGUCCAGACCAUCGAUGGAGGAUUCGUUCAAGUGACUGCUGAGGCGGCAGAAAGGCUGAAGAGCAGAUACAGAUAUACCACCCGUGUCGAAGAGACUAUCCCUUCUGCAAAAGCCAAUAGCCCACCCACGUGCAGCUACACAUGGAAGCCUCCAAGGGACUCACGAAGCCGGGCUCGAGGCCACACGGCCUAA